UGUGUUUUCAAUUCAACUCCGCGUAGCGGCUCUAUAAUUUUUUGAAUUUCCCCAAUAAAUUCAUAAAUUUUAACAUCAUUUUAAAGCAAGUGCAAUAUACAUUAUUAAUUUCCUAUCAAUUUGUAUAUCAAAAUAAUAAACUAAAAUAUCAAAAUAGUGAAUAUAAAAGUAAAAAAACAUAAUCUCCGUCUUCUUCUUUUGUCAAAUGAACCACUGAACUGUAAUUGAAUCGUCGACAUUUUUUUUUUUUAAUUUUUUUCAUCUACGAAACAAAAAGUAAAAAAAGAACACGAAAAAACUUUCGAUCAAAAAAAAUUGUUGAGUCGACGUAUGAGAAAAUUUUUAACCGACCGGCCAGUCCAAAAUUUGCAGAGUGGCAGUCAAGUCACUCAAUUCUCUUGAAACAAAAAAAAAAGUAAUUUAUAACAAAUUUUAAGGAAAAAUAAAUUAAGAAAAAAAUUGUGUGCGCUGUGCGUGAUUUUUAUAAAAUUGAAACAAGAAAGUUAAGUUUAUUGUUUUUAAAACAACCAACAACAACAACAACAACAACGAUAACCAAAACAACAACAAACCGGUGUCUCUCUUUUUGGUUACCUACAUUGUGUGUGUGAAUUAAAGAAAAAGAAAUAUCAAAUAAUUCAGGAAUAAACAACUUAAAUAACCAACAACAACACCAACCAACCAACCAACAAAUAAAACAACAAAAAACCAACAACAACAACAACCAAAACCUAACAAUGGGAGAUGAAAUUAGUGAUCGCAACGAUCCCGAAUUGAAAUAUCUAUCGGUUGAACGGAAUCAAUUCAAUGAUCCAGCAACACAGGCGGAAUGGACACAAAAACGUUUGGUUUGGGUGCCCAAUGGAAACCAGGGCUUUGUUGCAGCAAGCAUCAAACGCGAACAAGGCGAUGAGGUUGAAGUUGAUCUUGCCGAAACUGGCAAACGUGUGAUGGUCCUUCGUGAUGACAUACAAAAAAUGAAUCCGCCUAAAUUCGACAAAGUCGAAGAUAUGGCCGAAUUGACUUGCCUCAAUGAAGCAUCCGUCUUACAUAACAUCAAAGACAGAUAUUAUUCUGGUCUCAUAUACACAUAUUCCGGCCUUUUCUGUGUAGUUGUGAAUCCGUAUAAAAAGCUUCCAAUUUAUACGGAAAAAAUUAUGGAAAGAUAUAAGGGUAUAAAGCGACACGAAGUGCCUCCGCAUGUAUUUGCAAUAACAGAUACUGCCUACAGAUCUAUGCUCCAAGAUCGUGAAGACCAAUCGAUUCUGUGUACGGGAGAAUCCGGUGCUGGUAAAACCGAGAAUACAAAAAAAGUCAUUCAGUAUUUGGCCUAUGUAGCUGCAUCAAAACCGAAAGGUUCUGGGGCGGGGCCACAUCCGGCUUUGAUCAUUAGUCAUAAUGCUGAAACAUUUGCGAAUCUGCAAGUUAACAUGAAACAAAAUUUAAAAAUUCAAUAUAACAUACAAAGUGUUUCGGCGGGAGAAAUAAAUCAUACCAAAUUAUGUACAAGAAAUGACAGUGUUAAUGAAUGUAAUGAAGAAAUUGGAGAGUUUAAGGGUUUCGGAAAGGGUGAACUGGAGCAACAACUGUUACAAGCUAAUCCUAUUCUAGAAGCAUUCGGUAAUGCUAAGACCGUCAAGAACGAUAACUCGUCUCGAUUUGGUAAAUUCAUUCGCAUUAACUUUGAUGCAUCUGGUUAUAUUUCUGGAGCUAACAUCGAAACAUAUCUAUUGGAGAAAUCCCGUGCCAUUCGUCAAGCCAAAGACGAACGAACAUUCCAUAUUUUCUAUCAGCUAUUAGCCGGUGCCUCGCCCGAACAACGAGACAAAUUCAUUUUAGAUGAUAUCAAGACUUAUCCAUUCCUAUCGAAUGGUUCGCUUCCAGUACCCGGCGUCGAUGAUUACGCCGAAUUCCAAGCGACCGUCAAGAGUAUGAACAUCAUGGGCAUGACCAAUGAUGACUUCAAUUCGAUAUUCCGCAUUGUUAGUGCUGUUCUAUUAUUUGGUUGCAUGAAAUUCCGCCAAGAGCGUAACAAUGAUCAGGCAACAUUGCCCGAUAAUACAGUGGCACAAAAGAUUGCCCAUUUAUUGGGUCUCAAUGUCACUGAUAUGACACGAGCUUUCCUUACGCCACGCAUCAAAGUUGGUCGUGAUUUUGUGACUAAAGCUCAGACCAAGGAACAAGUAGAAUUUGCCGUUGAGGCUAUUGCCAAAGCGUGCUACGAGCGAAUGUUCAAGUGGUUGGUGAAUCGUAUCAAUCGUUCUCUGGAUAGAACCAAACGUCAGGGUGCUUCAUUUAUUGGUAUUCUCGAUAUGGCUGGUUUUGAAAUAUUCGAAUUGAAUUCGUUCGAGCAGUUGUGUAUUAAUUACACAAAUGAAAAACUCCAGCAAUUGUUCAAUCACACUAUGUUCAUUUUGGAGCAGGAGGAGUACCAACGUGAAGGUAUUGAAUGGAAAUUCAUUGACUUUGGUCUUGACUUGCAGCCAACUAUUGAUUUGAUUGACAAACCUGGUGGUAUCAUGGCUCUUCUCGAUGAGGAGUGUUGGUUCCCUAAGGCAACGGACAAGACAUUCGUUGAGAAAUUGGUUUCGGCACACUCUAUGCAUCCCAAAUUCUUGAAGACGGACUUCCGUGGCGUUGCUGAUUAUGCGAUUAUGCAUUACGCUGGCAAGGUAGACUAUUCGGCUGUCAAGUGGCUGAUGAAGAACAUGGAUCCACUGAACGAGAAUAUUGUAUCACUUUUGCAAAACUCCCAAGAUCCGUUUGUUGUGCAGAUCUGGAAGGAUGCCGAAAUUGUGGGCAUGGCCCAGCAGGCUCUUACCGACACUCAAUUCGGUGCACGAACUCGCAAGGGUAUGUUCCGUACUGUAUCGCAUUUGUACAAGGAACAGCUGGCUAAACUCAUGGACACUCUACGCAACACCAAUCCUAACUUUGUGCGGUGCAUAAUUCCCAAUCAUGAAAAGCGUGCUGGUAAAAUUGAUGCUCCACUUGUGCUCGAUCAAUUGCGUUGCAAUGGUGUGUUAGAAGGUAUUCGUAUUUGUCGUCAGGGCUUCCCCAAUCGAAUUCCCUUCCAGGAAUUCCGUCAGCGUUAUGAACUUUUGACACCAAAUGUUAUUCCCAAGGGAUUCAUGGAUGGCAAGAAGGCUUGCGAGAAGAUGAUUCAGGCUCUGGAAUUGGAUUCCAAUUUGUUCCGUGUUGGACAGUCGAAGAUUUUCUUCCGUGCUGGUGUAUUGGCUCACUUGGAAGAGGAACGUGAUUACAAAAUCACAGAUUUGAUUGUGAACUUCCAAGCAUUCUGCAGGGGAUUCCUUGCUCGACGAAACUAUCAGAAACGUCUUCAGCAAUUGAAUGCCAUUCGGAUCAUUCAGAGAAAUUGUGCAGCUUAUCUGAAGUUGCGCAAUUGGCAAUGGUGGCGUUUGUACACGAAGGUGAAGCCACUUUUAGAGGUCACCAAGCAGGAGGAGAAACUCGUCCAAAAAGAAGACGAAUUGAAGCAAGUUCGUGAGAAGCUGGAUAGUUUGAAUAAGAGCACAUUGGAGUACGAGAAGAAAUGGCAGCAGGCGAAUGAAGAAAAAACUGCCUUGGCUGAACAAUUGCAAGCUGAAAUCGAGCUCUGUGCUGAAGCGGAAGAAGGUCGUUCCAGAUUGAUGGCUAGAAAGCAAGAACUCGAAGACAUGAUGCAGGAACUUGAAGCACGUAUUGAAGAAGAGGAAGAACGUGUACUCGCUCUUGGCAAUGAAAAGAAGAAGCUUGAAGUAAACAUUCAAGACUUGGAGGAACAAUUGGAAGAGGAAGAAGCCGCUAGGCAAAAGCUCCAACUCGAGAAGGUGCAACUUGAUGGCAAAAUCAAGAAAUACGAAGAAGAUCUUGCCCUAACUGACGAUCAAAAUCAAAAGUUACUGAAAGAAAAGAAACUUUUGGAAGAACGUGCCAAUGAUUUGUCUCAGACUCUCGCCGAAGAAGAAGAAAAGGCCAAGCAUUUAGCUAAACUGAAAGCCAAACAUGAAGCAACAAUAGCUGAACUUGAAGAACGUCUUAUCAAAGAUCAACAACAACGUCAAGAAUCAGAUCGUUCAAAACGAAAAAUCGAAACCGAAGUGGCUGAUUUGAAGGAGCAACUCAACGAACGUCGUAUUCAAAUUGAAGAGUUACAAACGCAGCUAUCGAAGCGUGAAGAGGAACUCACUCAAACUUUGAUGCGAAUCGAUGAAGAAUCUGCCAGCAAAGCUACCGCACAAAAAGCUCAGCGUGAACUUGAAUCGCAGUUGGCUGAGAUUCAAGAAGAUCUUGAAGCUGAGAAGGCUGCCCGUGCCAAGGCUGAGAAAAUCCGACGUGAUUUGGGUGAAGAAUUGGAAGCUCUUAAAAAUGAGCUUUUGGAUUCUUUGGAUACAACUGCUGCUCAACAAGAACUUCGUUCCAAACGUGAACAGGAGCUUGCUAGCCUGAAAAAGAAUCUUGAGGACGAGACCGUCAAUCAUGAAGGUUUAUUAGCCGAGAUGCGUCAUAAGCAUUCACAAGAACUCAAUUCAAUCAACGAUCAGUUAGAGAAUUUGCGUAAAGCUAAAACGGUGCUCGAGAAAGCAAAGGGUACUCUAGAAGCUGAAAAUGCAGAUUUGACGACUGAACUUCGAAUUGUUAGUAGUUCGAGGCAAGAGAAUGAUCGUCGUCGUAAGCAAGCUGAGUUGCAGAUCGCCGAAAUGCAAGCUAAACUGGCUGAAAUCGAACGUGCCCGCUCUGAAUUGCAAGAGAAGUGCACUAAGUUGCAACAAGAAUCCGAAAAUAUAACAAGUCAACUUGAGGAAGCCGAAUUGAAAGCAUCAGCCGCUGUAAAAUCUGCCAGCAAUAUGGAAAGUCAACUUACCGAAGCCCAACAGUUGCUUGAGGAAGAAACCCGCCAGAAAUUGUCGUUGAGUUCGAAAUUGCGUCAACUUGAAUCCGAAAAGGAUGUUCUUCAAGAACAAUUGGAGGAAGAUGAAGAAGUGAAGAAGAACUACGAGCGUAAGCUAUCUGAGCUUAGUUUGCAAAUGCAAGAAAUCAAGAAGAAGGCCGAAGAAGAUUCUGAUAUUGUGAAAGAGCUGGAAGAGAACAAGAAACGCAAUAGCAAAGAGUUGGAAUCUCUGGAGAGACAGGUGAAAGAACUCCAAGCCCAAAAUGAUCGAUUGGAUAAGAGCAAAAAGAAGAUUCAAUCUGAAUUGGAAGACACUACCAUUGAGUUGGAAACACAGCGUACGAAAGUGUUGGAACUGGAGAAGAAGCAAAAGAACUUUGAUAAAAUUCUCGCCGAAGAAAAGGCGAUUAGCGAUCAAACUGCCCAAGAACGUGAUACCGCUGAACGUGAGGCCCGUGAGAAGGAGACUAAAGUGUUAUCACUUACUCGUGAAUUGGAUGAAGCUUAUGAUAAGAUUGAAGACCUGGAAACCAAGCGAAAGGUUCUGCAAAAUGAACUUGACGAUCUGGCCAAUAGCCAAGGUACAGCCGACAAGAAUGUGCAUGAGUUGGAGAAGGCAAAGAGGGCGCUAGAGAGUCAAUUGGCCGAGCUGAAAGCACAAAACGAAGAACUCGAGGAUGAUCUUCAGCUGACGGAGGAUGCUAAGUUGCGUCUCGAAGUGAAUAUGCAAGCGUUGCGCUCUCAAUUCGAACGUGACAUUCAAGCCAAGGAAGAACAAGCCGAAGAGAAACGUCGUGGUUUGGUCAAACAAUUGCGUGAUCUCGAAGCCGAACUUGAUGAGGAACGUAAACAACGUACCGCAGCGGUGGCCGCCAAGAAGAAGCUCGAGGGUGACUUGAAAGAAAUCGAAACCACAAUGGAAAUGCACAAUAAGGUGAAAGAAGACGCUCUCAAGCAUGCCAAGAAAUUACAGGCCCAAGUUAAGGAUGCCCUUCGGGAUGCUGAAGAUGCCAAGGCAGCCAAGGAAGAAUUGGCAGCUGCAAGCAAAGAAGCCGAACGCAAGGUCAAGACCCUAGAAGCUGAAGUCAUGCAACUCACUGAGGAUUUGGCUAGCUCAGAAAGAGCACGCCGAGCUGCCGAAACCGAACGUGAUGAGCUUGCUGAAGAAAUCAAUGCCAAUGCUAAUAAGGGUUCCUUGAUGGUUGAUGAAAAGAGACGUCUGGAAGCAAGAAUAGCCACUCUUGAGGAAGAACUCGAAGAAGAACAAUCAAAUUCGGAAGUUCUUUUAGAUAGGAAUCGCAAAGCCCAACUGACAAUUGAACAACUCUCAACCGAACUGGCCACAGAGAAAUCCAAUUCGCAAAAGAACGAAAAUGCCCGAGCUCUAUUGGAAAGACAAAACAAAGAGUUGAAGGCUAAGCUGGCUGAAAUCGAAACAGCACAAAGGACCAAGGUGAAAGCAACAAUUGCCGGUCUAGAAGCAAAGAUUGCCAACCUCGAGGAACAACUUGAAAACGAAGCCAAGGAACGAUUGCUCCAACAGAAGUCUAAUCGUAAAUUGGAUAAGAAGAUCAAGGAACUCACCAUGAACAUCGAAGAUGAACGAAGACAUGCGGAUCAGUACAAAGAGCAAAUCGAUAAACUCAAUAGCCGCAUGAAGACUCUGAAGCGAAACCUAGACGAAACCGAAGAGGAAUUGCAAAAAGAAAAGACGCAAAAACGAAAGGCACAACGAGAAUGCGAAGAUAUGCUUGAGAGUCACGAAGCAAUGACACGCGAAGUCAACUCACUUAAGACAAAACUACGGCGCACCGGCAUUGGUCUGAGUUCAUCCCGUCUCACAGGUACAACAUCAUCAAAACGGGCGGACGACAGUUCUUCUGUUCAAGAUGAGUCAAUAGAUGGCGAGGAUUCAGGCAAUUGACAAAUUAAAUAUUCAAAACGGGAUCUUUAUUAAAUAUAUAAAUAUAUAUACAUAAAAACAAAUAAAAAAAAAAAUUAAAACAAAAUUAUAACCAUACAAACAAAAAUAAUUGAAGAAACCAGAAAGAAAAAAACAAGCAAAUAAUAUAAUUCCUAAGAAGAAGAAAAAAAAAAAAACAAGAUAAAAACAUAAAUCUUGAAAUUUAGAAAUUUUAAGAUUAAAUUUAAAAAAACAAAAAUACGUUUAAAAACUAAGAGAUUUUUUUUUUGGAACGUGAAAAAUACUUUUUUGAUAAACCUAAUAAGCCACGAAAAAAUCAAUUAUUUAUACCGUUUUUUAUAUAUAUAUAGAUAUGAUAUACAUAAUACAAAUUUAAUAAAAAGAAAAAAAAAAUAGAAGAUCCAUUGAGGGGAAAAAACACUAAAAACACUAAAUCGUAUGCAUUUACACAACAAAAAAAAAAAACAAAAAUUAGUAUUAAACAACAACAAACAAAACAAAAAAAAAAAGAAUUAACAAACUAAUAUCGAAUAGCUUCUUAUUCCCUUCUCCAUCAAUCAAAAUAAAAACACACACACUCACGCCCAUGUCUUCUUAAAUUAAAAUGAAAUUCUGUUUAAAUUUUUGCAAACAAAAAUUUCACUCAGAAACACACACAACAACGCACGCUAAGACACUCGCAUGCAAAAGCUAACUUUUAUUGUUGGCUUUAAUAAAUAAAUAAAUAAGUAAUUAUUCUACCGCCAACCACCACCAAUUCGACGGGUGUUUGUUUGUGAGGUUUUGUUUUAACUUUUUUAUAACUUUUCAAAUUUUUUUUAUUAACAAGAAAAAAGUUUAUACAAAGCCCAAAAUGUAUACAUACAUUAAUUAUUUUAAGUAUUAUCUUUUGAACAUUUUUUUCUUUUCUAUUUUUUUUUUAUUAAUUUUUUGUUUAAAUUAUGUAAAUUAGAAUUUAAAAAUAUAUUAUUCAAAAUUAUUAUUACUCUCCAUCUGUUAUUAUUAUCUCAUUCCUUUAGCCUUAUUAUAAAAAAAAAUAUAAACAAUUUGUUGUUUUUUUUCUUAUUUCAAUUUUAUAAAAAAAUAAAUAAAUAAAACUAACAAAAAAUUAAAUUUAAAAAAAAA